AUGUACGGCACCGUGAAUUCCCGCUGCCUCGUGAAAAUGGGAGGCAAUCACCUUCAGGAAAGCAGAACUCAACAAGUUGUUGCUCCAGAGCCAGCCGGCCACGAGGAUAAAAAGAAAUCAAAGGGGAAAAAAGAUCAAACUCAAGAACAAACUCACACUUACCUAAAACCCAGGCGGAAAAGGCGUGUGUCCUACGAUCGAACCGAACCAGAGGAUGACAGCGUGGUGAGAAACAUCGUUCGGCUGAGGGAGAAGCUCGGCUGGCGAACAGUACUACCCGACGGCAGCCUGGGACCCAGAAGUCCCCGCAGCGCAGCCCAGAUCAUGCUAAAGGAACCUUUGAAAGAUGAUGGAGAAUUUGUAUAUUGCCUUCCCCGGAAAAAUCCUAAAGUCUUUUAUGAUGCGUAUGACCUCCAGGUCGUCUCUGCCCAGAGAGCCCGGCAUCGAAGGGAGUUUUGGACGGUUACCGCGUCAUUCGUUUCAAAGGUCACCAAAGUGGACGGCGUAGAAGUGGCAGAGCUCACGCCUUCCUUGGAGUGGCUCGUGGAAAGGAGAUACUACUAUUCGUUACAGCAGUUCAAGAUAUUUUCCAGUUUUCGAGUUAACAAAGCAUUUGUUACUUGGAAAUGUAAUGUUAAAAGGAUUAAGACAGAUAAGAGCAGGUCAUUUUUGUCCCAGCAUCUUUUUUGGGCUGAUAAGCUAUUUCAGGCCUGUUUGCUUUACAUAAAGGGACUUUGUGAGGAUGCGGUUACUCCCCAGAAUGCUAAUGAACAUGAAGAUAAUCCAUCUGCCAUACGCCUUGUGAAGCUGGAUAGGUCUCGAACGUACUCUCUGGACGAGUUCUGUGAAGAGCAGUUACAGCAGUCUGCCCAGGCACUGGGACAGCUUCAGGAUAUCAGGGAUAAAGCUAUUUCAGAAAUGAAAAGAACAAUUUUAAAGGUAGCGAAAAAGGAAGAAAUUAGAGAAUGUUUCAAGUUGGAGUUCUCUGAAAAUAACAUGGCGUAUUUCAAACUGCCUAAAUGUCGGCGUUUUUUCCAAACCGUUUUGCGGUUUCUGGUGCUGGUGGACUGCCUGUUCCAGGAGCUCAUCCGCCAGCUGAUGAACACGGCUGUGACUCUGCUCUGCGAGUUCUUUAGCGAUUCCGCCAGAGUGCUGUUUUCCGUGGAAAGAAGGAACGAAAACCUCAUCAAAAUAUAUGAGGACAUCUCUCCUUUUAUUGGAAGUAUCAGGGAUUCCGAAGAACCCGUCAUUGAUUCAAACCUACGUGCUACUUCUUCUAGAAAGAGCGAAGUGAAAACCGACCUCGAUAUGGAGAUUUUGAAUAGCAUUACAGUGGAUAAGGAUUUGAGGAAAAUAUGCGCACCGAUAUUUGAAGUAAAUCUGCACUUGAGAAUUCCUGCCGAGAGCACUUCUUCCGAGAAUUCUGCCGAGAACUUUCAGGGAUCUGCUGAGGGCUCUGAAAAAUCGGCGACGUGCGAAGGAGAGGAAAUACCAAAAAGGGGAGCCCGUUGUGCCGUAAAACUCUCCAGUGAUGUCCUCCCAGUAAUGAAACCCAAAAAAAUGAGGGACAGCCUCGAGGAGAUUCUUUCAGAUGAAAAUGUCUCCUUUGACUUUGAGAAUAAAUACGAUGAACUUGUAGAAUUCCCCACAAACCUCUUUAUUGCUCCCAACAGAUUGGAGUUUUCAGUAAAAAUUCAAAAUAUGGUGGCCGACAUUGAAAAAUGUAUAACCAAGAUUAUUCCGCUUUGCCAAGAUCCCCGCCUGUCUGUCUUUACGGAUUUGAUUUUAACUACGGAUUUAUCUAGCAACUCACGAAGUAUAAUAGACUUUAAGAAGCAAACCAAAUGGCCAGAUUGUCAGAUCCUCUUUGAAAUGGACCCUGUCUACCAAAGUAAAAUUGUGAGUAUCCUGAGUAUCAUUGGAAGGUUAAUGUGCCUAGUCAGUGCAUACUGCUACAAGUUUAUAAAAUAUUGUGCUAUGGUGGAGAAGGCCAAAAUCAUGAGCCUGAAAAUAUCAUUUAUGCAAGAAUUGACUUCAACAGAGUUUAGCGCUAUACUAGCUAGAUUCGGAAAUUAUCUCGAACAAAUUGUCACUAUGGCCAUUGAGAAGCGUAUUGGUAUUUUCAGUGUUGCAAGUCUCGGCUACCAGUCAGAAUGCUUACCGUACAUUCAGAAUGUCAUCCAUAAAAGCCAGAACCUCCUGCGAUCUACAAUUGAAAAAAAGAACACAGAUCUAUUGGAAGUUGUAGAAUCGUCCCUGCGAGAGCUGGAACGGGAUCCCAAGGAAAUAGAGGAAUUUUUGGAACAUUUUACCUUUUUGGAUGCGGUUUCCUUAAAAAUCUCUCAGUUGGAGAAAGAGUAUUUGACAGUCGUUCAGCUGUACUCCGUCCUGAGGCGUUACCAGAUCCACAUUUCGGAAGAGCAGGUCGCCCUGCACAAAGUCCUUCUCAUCAAGUUCAGUCACCUAAAGGCCACCAUGAAGUUAAGCCAGAUAAACAAAGAUGCUGCUGUCACUCAGUUCAGAGACAACCUGGAAGUUUACGUUGCUGGUCUCCGGGUCGACAUUAGCAACCUAAAGGCCAAAAUAAGCACUCCCAUCCUCUUACAUGCUGGUACUCGCAUGCCAGUGGCAAUGGAAAUGAUCCAGACCCUCUCCCAGGAAGCUGCAAGCCUAGCCCACAAAGUGAAAAUAUACGCAAACUACCCAGAUUAUUUCACUGAUGCCAAGGCUCACAUGCAUUCUUUUAACCUGGAAGAGAUCACCCAGGUUGCGCUGUCGGAGAUCUCCAACAUUGAGUAUGACUUAACCUUAAGGAAAAUAUUAUGGGAUGCCCAAGAGGAAUGGGGAACACUCUUUCAGGAAUGGAGAAACAGUACUCUUCAUAGUAUCGAUACAGAAUCAAUACAGAGAAAUGUUUCAAAAUGGAUGAACGUCCUCUUCGUACUAGAAAAAGGGCUGCCCAGGAACAACAUGGUGGCGCAUCUCAAGCAGUCAGUGAUAGACUUCAAGCAGCAGCUGCCCAUCAUCACCGCCCUGGGGAACCCCUGCCUCCAGCCCCGGCACUGGAACGCCCUCCAGGAGGUUAUUGGAAAGUCCACCUAUCUCCAUAAAAACUGUACGGUCGAGAGUCUUCUAGCAGUCAAGAUGUUUCAGUAUGAAAGUGAAAUAAAUGAAAUAUCAACCGCAGCCACUCGUGAGAGCAUUCUCGAAAAGAUGCUCUUUAAGAUCGUUGACCUUUGGAACACGACUCCCUUGCACCUGGUGCUGCACCACACGGAGGCAGGCGCGAUCCUCAUCAUCUCGUCUCUGGACGACUUGCUCGCUCAGCUGGAAGAGUCCCAGCUGGUGCUGGCAACAGUGAAAGGGUCCUCCUACGUCGAGCCCAUGAAGGAUCUUGUGGACAAGUGGGACCAAAACCUGGCUCUCUUCUCGUACACUCUCGAGAAAUGGGUGAAUUGCCAAAGGUCGUGGCUUUCCCUUGAACCAGUCUUUAAUUCUUUAGAAAUACAAAGACAGCUCCCUGGAGAAGCAAAGCUCUUCUCGGAAGUGAUAUCCAUGUGGAAAGAAAUAAUGUUAAAAGUACAAAACAAGCUGGAUGUUUUGCACGUAACCACCUCUGCGGGAGUUCUUAAAACUCUGCAAAAUUGCAACGUGUCUCUUGGAUAUAUAAAGAAAAGCCUUGAGGACUACUUUGAAAUUAAAAGAAUGCUGUUCCCAAGAUUUUACUUCCUUAGCAAUGCUGAGCUCCUUCAAAUUCUGGCUGAGAGCAGAAACCCGGAAUCUGUCCAGCCUUACCUGGUGAAGUGUUUUGAAAAUAUAAAACGACUGAUGAUAUGGAAACAAGAGAUCGGCCCUCCUGCUGUGGUCAUGCUCGUAUCUGCCGAAGGAGAGAUGCUCCUGCUGCCCAAGAAAAUUCGUGUAAGAAAUGCUGUAGAACAGUGGCUGGUAAACGUAGAGAAAAGUAUGUUCAAUAUGCUAAAAAAGUUCGUGAGGCAAGGGGUGGAAGACUGGAACCAGCAGCCCUUCGCUCUGUGGGCGGUUUCUCAUCCCGGACAAGUGGCGCUCACUGUGAGCCUGAUCAUGUUUUAUAAUGACUGUGUCAAAAGUUUCGUGAGCCCUCACCCGAGAGAGGAGUUGAAAGGGGUCCAUGCGGGGAUCCUGGGCCGUCUAGAAGAGGCCGCAGAGCUGGUGGUGCUGGGCCCUGGCAACACACGGGCGAAAACGGUGCUCGGGGCGUUGCUCACCCUCCACGUAUACUGCAGAGACAUCGUGGGAGAUUUGCUGCUUAAAAGUAUCUUCAGUGCAGAGGAUUUCGAGUGGACGAGACAUUUGCAGUACAAAUGGAAUGACAAACAAAAGCUGUGCUAUGUGUCUCAAGGGGAGGCCAGCUUUACGUACGGCUACGAGUACUUGGGCUGCACCCCGCGGCUGGUGGUCACGCCCCUCACUGACCGGUGCUGGCUGACUCUCACUGGAGCUCUGCACUUGAACCUUGGAGGCUGCCUCUCUGGUCCGACUGGCACGGGAAAAACCGCGAGCGUCCGAGAUCUGGCAAAAUCCUUAGGUAAACAUUGUGUGGUCUUCAACUGUUUUGAGGAUUUGGAUUAUAAGAUAAUGGGAAAGUUCUUCUUCGGACUGGUUCAGUCAGGAGCGUGGUGCUGUUUCGACGAGAUCGACCGCAUCGACAGGGAGGUUCUCUCGGUCGUCGCCUCGCAGAUCCAGACCAUCAAGGCUGCCAAGGACAGCUACUCCGUCCGGUUUGUACUGGAAGGAAGAGAAAUUCGUAUCAAUUUGUCGUGUGCAAUAUUUGUCACCAUGAAUUAUGGAUACAAAGGUCGAGUAGAACUCCCGGAGAACUUGAAAUCCCUGUUUCGCCCGUUGGCAAUGAUGACGCCCCAUUAUGAAAUGAUUGCUGAAAUAAUUCUGUUUUCAGUUGGGUUCAAAUCUGCAAAGUUACUCUCCAGAAAACUAGUCACCCUUAACGAAUUAGCGAGCAAACAGCUCUCGCAACAGGAUCAUUAUAAUUUUGGCCUGAGGUUGCUGAAGACGAUUAUAAUUGCAGCCGGAAAGAAGAAACGCAAGCUUCAACGUGACACAAAUGACGACCUCUCUGAAACAGAUGAAACUCCGAUUGUCAUUGAAGCUGUGAGAGAAGUGUGUUUACCAAAAUUUCUUGCAGAAGACGUCCCACUUUUUGAACAAAUUAUAGGAGAUAUUUUUCCUCAAGUGACCGUUUCGAAAGUAAACCAAAUUGCCUUAGAGAAAGUAAUAUUUGUGGCAACACAGCAGUUGGGCUUACAGCAAUUGCCAGCUCAGAAAGAGAAAAUCAUACAGUUUCACAAUCAACUUCAGGCGUUCGUCGGUGUGAUGCUGGUGGGCCCCACGUGCGGGGGGAAGACGACGGUCAGGAGAAUUCUCGAGAGAGCGUUGGUGCUGCUGCCGGUCGAAGACCUACUGGCGCCUGAAGAAGAGGCCCCUGUCUCACAGAUUGCAGGAAGAAAAGGCAAAGUGGAUAUUUGCGUUCUAAACCCCAAGAGUGUCACUCUUAGUGAGCUGUAUGGAUGCCUGGAUCCUAACACUAUGGAAUGGACCGAUGGAUUAUUGUCAGCAGCAAUUCGAAAUUAUGUGUGUUUAAACACUGAAAGGGAUUCAAAGAAAGAUAACAUUCCUAGACUAAAGUCAAGAAUCUCAGACUUAUCUAAUGUUUUCCAACUUCCUAUCUCUGAUGAAGCAGAUAUGGAUGAUAAUAUUUUUAAGGAGAUGGAGAAAGAUGUUAAAAUUACAGAAAGUGAGAGGUUCGACUGGCAGUGGGUGGUCCUGGACGGCCCGGUGGACCCCUUCUGGGUGGAGAAUCUGAACCUGAUGCUGGAUGACACGAGAACACUGUGCCUGGCGAACAGCGAGAGGCUCGCUUUAACCGAGAAGAUCAGAGUGAUCUUUGAAGUGGACAGUCUCUCUCAGGCCAGUCCCGCCACCGUCGGCCGCUGCGGGGUGGUCCACAUGGACCCCGUCGAUCUGGGAUGGGAGCCUUAUGUUAAGUCAUGGCUCCUGAAAACUUGUAAAAUUAUGAGCCAAUCAGGAGUGGAUUAUCUUGAGUUCUUGAUUCAAAACAGUGUCAGAAGUGGACUGGAGUUUAUAAAGAAACAUCAGAAAUUUCAGCCAUUUUCUGUGCAAGAUAUAACAAUCGUUAUAACCCUCUGCAGAAUUCUUGAUGCUUUCUUUGAGUUCAUGAGUAAAAAUGGAGGCUUCGGACAACGUGAAGAUUUGGAGAACACUUCAACUGAGGAGAAAAGCUGUUCAUUUUUACAAGUAUCUGUCAAAUUCAAGGAAGUGAAAGAGAGGGCUGACAACACAUGGUAUCUGGAGAAGCAUCCUGAUAAACUGAAGAUAAUGAUCCAAAAGCUCUUCGUGUUUGCAUUCACAUGGGCGUUUGGAGGGACUUUAAAACGUGAGGAUGAGCAUGAAAAUGAUACACUGUUGUAUUCCAGUUUUGAACCUACUUCUCUCACCAGAGUAACCUAUGAUUUUGAUGACCUCGUUCAUGAAUUAUUUGAAGGCAACCCACAAGUAGGCAUCAAGCUGCCACCUGAAAAACACUCUGUUUUUGGGUAUUUUGUGGACCUGCAGCAAGGGGAAUUCAUCCCCUGGGCGGAACUGCUUCCCAGUGUUCAGACGCUGAUUCAAAGGGGGACUUCGAUGCUGGCUGGUCCCCAAGACUCCAGUGAGAACCUCUACAAGGUGACAGAGUAUGGCGAGACCAUCAACUUCAUCGCUACCAGGGACACAAGAUGCCUCUCUUUCCUCAUGAGCCUGCUUCUAAAGAAUUCCUGCCCUGUGCUUCUCACAGGAGACUUUGGAGUCGGGAAGACGGCCACCAUCCAUCAGAUGCUCGAGAAGUUAGAGAGCCCAGGAGGGCUGGACGUCAAGUACGGGUCACUCUUAGGAGAAGUCCUCUUGUACAACGAAAUUAAAAAAUCAAGGUGCCUGAGACAAAAUAUCAGCAUCUUGCUCUCUGAAACUCAUAAAACAGCAACUGGAAACCUAGAUAAGAUCACUAAAGAGCCAGGAAAAUCGGAUGAGAUUUUAUUUAAAAGUAAUGAUAGUAGUAAGGGAGUUACGGUCUCUACGAUAAAUUUUAACAUCAAAAUAACAGCUGCCAAAAUCCAGGAGAUGAUUCUUAAGAAGUGCAGAAGAAGAACGAAAGACGCUCUUGGAGUACCUAGAAGCAGCCGGACCGUCGUGUUCGUUGAUGAUCUGAACAUGCCAGAGACAGACGCGUAUGGAGCACAGCCGCCCCUGGAGUUAAUCAGACAACUAUUAGAUCUGGGAGGAUUCUACGAUACUAAAAAAGUUGCAUGGAAGAAUGUUCCAGAUCUGUCCCUGGUGGCAGCCUGCACCCCCUCAGUCGGCAUCAGGGACGUGAGCCCCCGCCUCCUCAGACACUUCUCCAUCCUGGUGCUGCCUCACCCUUCACAGAGUGCCCUGAACACUAUCUUCCAGGUCCAUUUGGGAAUCUACUUCUCCAUCUACAACUUCACAGCCGAUGUGCAGAGAAGUAAGGAUCAAAUAGUGUCUUGUUCGCUGGCCAUGUACCAUCACAUGUGUCAGAGCAUGUUGCCGACGCCAACAAAGUGUCACUACAUGUUUAAUCUUCAAGACAUGUUUAAGCUCCUCCUCGGGCUGCUGCAGGCAGACAAGGCCGUCGUCAACUCCAAGGACAUGGCUGCUCUGCUCUUCACCCACGAAGCCGCCCGAGUGUUUCACGAUCGCUUAAUCGAACAUACUGAAAGAAGGCUUUUCUAUCAGCUUCUUUCAAAGGAACUUGAGAAUUACUUCCAGAUUCAGUGGACCCAAGAAUCACUGAUGAGUGACUCAACCGUAUUUGUGGAUUUCCUGGAUAUCAACAAGUCUCAUAGAAAGAAGAUCUAUCAGAAUACCAGUGACUAUGAUAAACUAGCCAAGGUUCUUCAUAAAUUCCAGAUGAAGUUGAGUUCAGCGUCUUUGGAGAUCUCGCAGUCCAUGGUGUUCUUCAAGGAGGCGGUGCAGCACAUCGUGCGGGCAGCAAGGGUCCUGCGGCAGCCAGGGAGCCACAUGCUGCUGAUCGGGAUGGACGGAUGCGGGAAGGAAGCCUGCGGGACGCUGGCCUGCCACCUGGCGGAACACAAAGCGUACCAGAUGCCGGUGUCCCACAGCUACGCCCCCGUGGAGUUCAAGGAGGACUUGAGGAAGGUGUUCCUUCAGACGGGACUGGAAGGGAGCCCCACCGCUCUGAUGGUGGCCAGCCUAAGCCUCGACCAGGAGGCACUUUUGGAGGAUUUGAACAGCAUUAUCAGUUUGGGGAAAAUACCCGAAAUGUUUGAAAAGGAGGAGCUGGACUCUCUUGUGCUAAAGAUUAGAUCCAUCACUGAGCAGACCAGUUACAUGGAUGGCAGAGAAGCCUUGUUUUCAUUCUUCCAAAAGAGAAUAUUAAAAAACUUGCAUAUUUUUAUGACAAUGAGUCCUGCAGGGCCUCACCUGCGCCAGAAUUGUCGGGCAUACCCUUCCAUGAUCUGCGCCUGCACCAUCGACUGGUACGAGAAGUGGCCGGAAGAAGCCCUGCUUCUGGUAGCCAGCUCUUUCCUAAGAGAGAAGGUGGAUUUGGAGAACAGAGGGAACUUAAAAGAAAAACUUGCCCCAACAUGUGUCCAAAUUCACAAAAGUAUAAACGACUUGAACACAAAGUACUUUCAAAAAACUAGGAGGCAUAACUAUAUUACUCCCCGAAGCUACUUGCGAUUCAUAGAUACAUUCACUCACAUUUUGAGGUCACGAGAGGAGGAAAUGCAGACAAAGAGGAACCGUUUCCACGUGGGUCUGUCCAAGAUCCUGGAGGCAACCGCCCUGGUUACAGACAUGCAGGAGGAGCUCCUGGUCGUCGGCCCUCACAUAGAGCAGAAAACACAGGAAAAAGAAAGCUUAAUGGAAAAGCUCCAGAAGGAUUCCCAAGUGGUGGAGAAAGUUAAGAUGCUCGUUAAGCAGGACGAGGAAAUUGUGGCGGAAGAAGUGAGAAUCGUGGAAAACUAUGCGCAGAAGACCACCAAUGAACUGAAAAACGUCCUGCCGGCCUUAACCAGGGCGACGUUGGCCCUGAAUGCCCUGGACAAAGCUGAUGUUGCCGAGCUGAGGGUCUACACUCGGCCCCCUUUCCUCGUGCUGACUGUCAUGAACGCGGUGUGCAUCCUCCUGCAGAAGAAGCCCUCCUGGGCCACGGCCAAGCUGCUUCUCUCCGAGACCGGGUUCCUGAAAAAACUGAUUAAGCUGGACAAGGACAGCAUACCUCAGAAGGUUUUCAUGAAGCUGAAGAAGAUUUUAAGCUUACCCGACUUCAACCCAAGCAAGAUUGCUCUGGUUUCCGUCGCUUGUUGCUCUUUGUGUGAGUGGAUCAUAGCUCUGAACAACUACAACGAGGUCCAGAAGCUGGUGGGCCCCAAACAGACCCAAGUGGCCGAAGCCCAGAGCGUUCUCACAAUUGCACGGCAGAGGCUGGCCGAGAAACAGAGAGGUUUGCAGCUGGUUGAGGAACACCUGCUGUUUUUGCAGGCAACCUACCAAGACGUCGUGGCUGAGAAAGAGGUGCUGGCAAGUCGAAGGCAGCUGGCCACUAGGCGCCUGCAGUGUGCCUCCGUCUUGCUGACCGCGCUGCAGGACGAGAAGGUCCGAUGGCAAGAAACGAUUGAUGAGAUAGACCUCAGGCUGGAGGGGGUGGUGGGCGACCUCCUCGUCUCGGCCGCCUGCCUGGUCUACAGCGGUGUCCUGACGGCCGAGUUCCGCCAGCUGAUCGUGAGCCGCUGGGAGAGCCUGUGCGCGGAACGUGGAGUUCCCCUGUCUCCCGGCUUCUCUCUGGUUGAAGUGAUGGCCCAGAAACAGGAGAUCCACCAAUGGCACCAUCAGGGGCUGCCGCUGGGCCAGUAUUUGACGGAGAACGCCAUCCUGAUCAAGAACGGCCUGCAGUGGCCACUGCUCAUCGACCCACACAGGCAGGCCUACAACUGGAUCCGGCAGAUGGAAGGCCCGAGGCUGCAGGAGCUCUCGGCCGAGGACAGCAGCGCCGUCCGGAAAAUCGAGCAGGCCAUGAAGUCGGGGGGCAGCGUCCUCCUGCAGAAUCUCCCUGAAACACUAGCUCCCGGUUUAAAGGCGAUUUUGAAGAAGGCUGUCUAUCAGAGAAGAGGAAAACAUUUCAUACGGGUUGAGGAUGCUGAGAUUGAAUAUAAUUCCAAAUUCAGGUUGUACAUCUCCACAGAAAUAGACAACCCGAGUUUCCCCCCAUCCGUGUAUAACUUUGUUACCAUGAUCAACUUCACGGUCACGUUCCAAGGUCUGCAGGACCAGCUCUUAUCCACCGUGGUGACUCACGAAGUUCCCCACUUGGAAAACCAGCGUCUCCAGUUAUUGGAGAGCAUUUCCCUGGACACCGUGGCUCUUGAAGAACUGGAGGAGAAAGCCCUGAACUUGCUGCAGAGCACGCAAGGGUGUAUACUAGAUAACGAGGAGAUUAUAGACCUCUUAAGGCAAUCCAAAGUUACGUCGAAUGAAAUUUCAAAGCGCAUCAACGCAACCAAAAAAGCGGAGAGCGAGAUUCAAGUGACACGCAAGACCUACCUCCCCAUCGCGACGCGCGGUGCCCUGCUGUACUUCGUGGUGGCCAGCCUCACACACCUCAGCCACAUGUAUCAGUUCUCCCUCGACUGGUUUCGGCAGGUCUUUAUCUCCACGGUCACCUCCCGGAGCAAGAGACAGGAAGAACACGGUGUGAAGAGGGAGAAAGUGCAUCCGAGAAGACCUCAGGAAAGCGUGAACGUCUCCAAAGGACAUAAGUUAAGACGGGGGAGAAGUCCCCUACAGAGGCAUCUUAAAAACUCGGUGGAUGCGUUGACGAGAACUAUUCUGAAGGUGGUCACGUGGGCUCUGUUCGAUAAACACAAGCAUUGCUUCGCCUUUCUGCUCUGCACUGCGAUCAUGCGGAACAACGCCACCGAGGGCCGGCCGCAGGACGACUUCGGGGUGCUCUCGGAGAGAGAGUGGAGCAUCUUCUUGUACUCGGGCAUGCUGCCGACCACCAAAGGCGCGAUGCCUCAUCCCAGGCUUGACAGCUUGUACGAGAGGCUCAGGGACGGGCACCUGGCGUGGCUCUCGGGCCCCAGGUGGACGCAGAGCCAGCACGCCAGCAGCCAGCUGGAGCCCUUCGCCCUGCUGUGCGAAUCCCUGCUGUCCAACGCGCCGCAGUGGGACGCUUUCCGAAACAGCGAGGCUGUCUACGUCCUGAUGAGCAGGCCUUUCCCUUCGGAAAGCGCUUCGCACGAGGAAGGUAGGAGAUCGGGGGAGGGAGCUGAACAUUUGAAUGAAAAUGAAGAAUUACAUAGACCUGUGAAUUUUCCCUGGGAGAAACUCACUCCAUUUCAAAGACUUAUUUUGAUAAAAAUUCUUAGACCAGAACAAUUAAAGAGCGCAGUGAGAAAGUUUAUAACCGAAAGACUAGGAAGUGAAGACAUUUACAGAAGUGGACUUAAUCUGAAAGAAUCGUACAGAGAGUCCAGCGCCAGGACCCCCCUGGUGCUUAUUCACGCGCACGGGGUCGACCUCACUGACACCCUCCUGCAGUUUGCACAGGAGCUAAAGGGGACCACCCAGCACGUGACCACCUUGUCCCUGGGCCACAGCCGGGCAGAGAAAGCUAAAGAUCUUGUGGCAAAGGCUCUGAGCAGCCGAGAGCAAUGGGUCUUCCUCCAGAACUGCCACCUCGCGGCAUCCUUUAUGCCAACGCUGUGCACGAUUGUGGAAUCGCUUAGCAGUCCAGAUGUGACGGUAGACCCUGAGUUCAGGCUGUGGUUAGGCUCAGAGUCCGAUGCCUCCUUUCCAGUCACUAUUCUUCAGAAGAGUUUAAAGGUCACAGUGGAAAGGCCCGUAGGAUUGAAAAGUAAUUUACUGAAGAUGCUUGGAUACAGUGGUAGUGGAGAGGUGACGGAAGAAAUAUUUGAAAAACCUGACUGCGGACCAUGGUGGAAAAAACUUUUAUUUGGCUUAUGUUUUUUCAAUGCCGUGGUCAAUGAAAGGAAAAAAUAUGGAAUAUUCGGGUGGAAUAUUGAUUGCGACUUUAGGCCUUCAGACUUUAAGGUUGCCAUGAUGGUGCUAGAAAACGCCCUGACCCAGCAGUCGGCCGUGCCCUGGCGGAUGCUGCGCUGCCAGAUCGGGGACGUGAUUUACGGGGGCCGGGUGACCGACCCCUGGGACCAGCGGUGCCUGAACAUCCUCCUCCACAAAUUCUGUAACCCCGACCUGCUGACAGACAACUUCAGUUUCUCCAGUGUGGAGCUACAUCAGCCGGUGCCAGAACCGGCAUGCAUGAAGGAUUACGUGCGCAUUAUCCAGGCCUUGCCGGACGAUGACCCUCACGAGCUUUUAGGGCUGCACCCUGAGGCCAUGAGGGGCUUCAGGGAGACCCAGAGCCAGAAUUUCGUCAACCAUCUCAUUGCCCUGCAACCGAGAGCCACCCCAGUCAGCCUCAUGAUCAGCCGGGAGAAGAGUGAGGACGAACUGGUGAUGGGAAUCGUAUCCGACCUGCAGAAGCGGCUGCCGCUGACCGUGGAGCGGGAGGAAAGCACGGGACCUCAGAGCACGCUGAGGGGCGUUAUGUCGAGCCCCUUUUGGGAGUCCCUUUGUAAAAAUCUCAAAGGCUACGACCCCCUGAUCCAUAGCGUCUUGCUAGCCUUUUUGAAGCAAGAAAUGGAACGAUUUGAUAAGUUAUUGUUUGUUAUCCACGAGUCUCUGAAGGACCUUCAACUUGCCAUAAGAGGAGAGACCAUCCUCAGCCAGGACCUGGAGGAGACGCAAGAGUCUCUCCUGAAGUCGGCGGUGCCGCCGCUGUGGCAGAAAUACGCCUACAAGUCGUGUAAACCCCUGAGUUCCUGGGUUAAUGAUCUCAUCCAGCGACUGAAUUUCUUCAACACCUGGGCCAAAAUGGCUUAUGGGGAAAUACACCGUUGGUACGAGAGAUUUAUCGCAGCUUCGAAGCUCACCGUCCCGUCACUUCGCCCCGACCCCAGACGUCCUGUGGAUGAAGACAGUAAUUUCUUGGGCGGGUUUCCUGUGAGAUACUGGCUCCCAGCUUUCUUCUUCCCACAAGCCUUUCUGACUGCUGUGCUUCAAGACUACGCAAGGUCCCAAGGACUCUCAAUGGACACCCUCACUUUCACCCACCACGUGGUCUCGGACACCGCCGAGCGCGAAGAGAAGGAGCUCUCCGUCAUCAUCCAGAAGAAGCUCAACAUCGUCAGGACAGCCUUCAAGGCUACGGACUCCACGCACGUCGGUGUCCACGUGUUUGGUUUAUUCAUCGAGGGGGCGAGGUGGGAUCACGGAGAAAAGGUCCUGGAAGACUCGCUGCCUCGCGAGCUGUGUUGCGACUUUCCUGAAAUUCACUUCUUGCCCACAAAGAUUUCCACCGAAACAGCAAACACGUCUAACCAGACAGAUUCAGAACUCUAUGCUUUUGAAUGCCCGGUUUAUCAGACACCUGAGAGGUUAAGGACUGUGACAAGCACGGGCUUGCCCUCAAAUUUUUUGAUGUCGGUGUAUCUGCCCACGAAGAAACCUCCCAGUCACUGGAUCACCAUGCAGGUCGCGUUGCUAUGUGAGAAGAACGAGAAAUAA